UUUGGUUAAAAUAUUCAAAAUGGCGGACGGAGGAGCAGCGAGUCAAGAUGAGAGUUCAGCCGCGGCGGCAGCAGCAGCAGACUCAAGAAUGAACAAUCCGUCAGAAACCAGUAAACCAUCUAUGGAGAGUGGAGACAGCAAUACAGGCACACAAACCAAUGGUCUGGACUUUCAAAAGCAGCCCGUUCCUGUUGGAGGAGCAAUCUCAACAGCCCAGGCCCAGGCUUUCCUUGGACAUCUCCAUCAGGUCCAGCUCGCUGGAACAAGUUUACAGGCUGCUGCUCAGUCUUUAAAUGUACAGUCUAAAUCAAAUGAAGAAUCGGGGGAUUCACAGCAGCCAAGCCAGCCUUCCCAGCAGCCUUCUGUGCAGGCAGCCAUCCCCCAGACCCAGCUUAUGCUGGCUGGAGGACAGAUAACUGGGCUGACUUUGACGCCAGCCCAGCAGCAGUUGCUACUACAGCAGGCUCAGGCACAGGCACAGCUACUGGCUGCCGCUGUGCAACAGCAUUCUGCCAGCCAACAGCACAGUGCUGCUGGGGCUACCAUCUCAGCCUCCGCCGCCACGCCCAUGACGCAAAUCCCCCUGUCUCAGCCCAUACAGAUUGCACAGGAUCUGCAACAACUGCAACAGCUUCAACAACAGAAUCUCAACCUGCAGCAGUUUGUGUUGGUGCAUCCGACUACCAAUUUGCAACCAGCGCAGUUUAUCAUCUCACAGACGCCCCAGGGCCAGCAGGGUCUCCUGCAAGCGCAAAAUCUUUUAACGCAACUACCUCAGCAAAGCCAAGCCAACCUCCUACAGUCGCAGCCAAGCAUCACCCUCACCUCCCAGCCAGCAACCCCAACACGCACAAUAGCAGCAACCCCAAUUCAGACACUUCCACAGAGCCAGUCUACACCAAAGCGAAUUGAUACUCCCAGCUUGGAGGAGCCCAGUGACCUUGAGGAGCUUGAGCAGUUUGCCAAGACUUUCAAACAAAGACGAAUCAAACUUGGAUUCACUCAGGGCGAUGUUGGGCUCGCUAUGGGUAAACUGUAUGGAAAUGACUUCAGCCAAACUACCAUCUCUCGCUUUGAAGCCUUGAACCUCAGCUUUAAGAAUAUGUGCAAGUUAAAGCCACUUUUGGAGAAGUGGCUAAAUGAUGCAGAGAACCUCUCAUCUGAUUCAGCUCUCUCCAGCCCAAGUGCCCUGAAUUCUCCAGGGAUGGGAGUUGAGGGCUUGAACCGUAGGAGGAAGAAACGCACCAGCAUAGAGACCAACAUCCGUGUGGCCUUAGAGAAGAGUUUCUUGGAGAAUCAAAAGCCUACCUCGGAAGAGAUCACCAUGAUUGCUGAACAGCUCAAUAUGGAAAAGGAGGUGAUUCGAGUUUGGUUUUGUAACCGCCGCCAGAAAGAAAAACGAAUCAACCCACCCAGCAGUGGUGGGACCAGCAGCUCACCUAUCAAAGCAAUUUUCCCCAGCCCAACCUCACUGGUGGCAACCACGCCAAGCCUUGUGACAAGCAGUACGGCAACCACCCUUACAGUCAAUCCAGUUCUCCCUCUGACCAGCGCUGCGGUAACUAAUCUUUCUGUUACAGGCACUACAGAUACCACCUCUAACAACACUGCAACCGUGAUUUCCACAGCGCCUCCUGCACCCUCCGCAGUUGCUUCUCCCUCCCUCAGUCCCUCCCCUUCUGCCUCAGCCUCCACCUCCGAGGCAUCUAGUGCCAGUGAGACCAGCACAACACAGACCACCUCCACUCCUCUAUCCUCUCCUCUUGGGACCAGCCAGGUGAUGGUGACGGCAUCGGGGUUGCAGACAGCAGCAGCCGCCGCCCUCCAAGGAGCUGCACAGUUGCCAGCAAAUGCCAGUCUUGCUGCCAUGGCUGCUGCUGCGGGACUGAACCCAGGCCUGAUGGCACCCUCACAGUUUGCGGCUGGAGGUGCCUUACUCAGUCUCAAUCCAGGGACCCUGGGCGGUGCUCUCAGCCCGGCUCUGAUGAGCAACAGUACACUGGCAACUAUUCAAGCUCUUGCUUCUGGUGGCUCUCUUCCAAUAACAUCACUGGAUGCCACUGGGAACCUGGUAUUUGCCAAUGCAGGAGGGGCCCCCAACAUCGUGACUGCACCUCUCUUCCUGAACCCGCAGAAUCUCUCUCUGCUCACCAGCAACCCCGUCAGCUUGGUUUCUGCCGCUGCGGCCUCCGCAGGGAACUCUGGACCUGUCGCCAGCCUCCAUGCCACCUCCACCUCAGCUGAGUCCAUUCAGAACUCUCUCUUCACAGUGGCCUCUGCCAGUGGGGCUGCUACCACCACCACCACCGCCUCCAAGGCACAGUGAGCAGGGCUGCGGGGCUGCCAGCCAGGCUGGGACUGGAAAUGUGAUUGGCUUCCUCUUGCAGUGUUUCGAGGGCAAGAGAGAGAAGGAGAAACAUAUACUGCGAAAACAAAGAUGGAGACGGGACAACAUUUGCCUAAUUUUGUAAUAAAACACUGUCUUUUCAGGAUUGCUUCAUGGAUUGGAGAACUUUCUAACCAAAAAUUUAAAAAAAAAAAAAAAAAACAGAAACAAAAAAUCAAAAACAAGCAAACAAACAAAAAAAAAAAUAAGUGAAAGGACUACUUAUUUCCAGCAGUCAUGAUGACAAGUUAAGGUGGGUUACCAAUUCCAAUAUAGGAAGGGGAUUUCUUGUUCGUCUAAAUUUCUUUUCUUAAAAAAUCAUUUUUAUGGGUCUGUUGUACAGGCCAUUAAGUCAUAACAAGGUGUUUAUAAUCGUAUCAAUUGUGUUGGGGGUUCCUUUCUUAACUGGUACAAUUUAGGCAGGCCUGUAUUACUGUAUCUCUAUUAUUAUUGUUGUUGUUAUUGUUUUUAUAUAUAUAUACAUAUAUAUAUAUAUAGUUUGGACAUGUUUAUCUCUUGCUCCUGGAUCCUAUUUCAGUGAGCUCCCACACUGUGGGGAAGGGAGGGUUUGGGGUAAGGGGGGGACUUAAUGUUCUUAACUGCGGGGAAUGUUCUUGCUGGUUUCCUUAUCCUUGAUGACUCUUACAGAGGUGCUAGAAAAUUAUUUUCUUUUGCCACUUAUGCAAGAGGCUUGGUGCAGAAGCUGAAGGCAGUGUGUGCAAACACUCCCACUUCACACACGCCCCUCCCCCCAUCAGGUGGUGCCUUUGGAGCACUUUUGUGUAGGAAGGAAUUCCUGCUGAACUGUAGCUCUCACUCACCCCAAAUCAUUGAAUGACCCGAGGCCCAGAUCCUGUGGCACCGCCAUGCCGCUCCACUACUCUCCAUGGGAAUGGCCGCAUGCGUUGCGGGGCAGGAUUGGGUUCCGGAGAGCAAAGACUACUGCAGACACCUGACUUGGUGGUUCUCCUGAUUCCUUAUCUCCUGAAAAAUGCUCCUACUGUUGGUGUGUUCGUUUGUUUGUUUCAUUUUCUGAAAGUUUUUCAUCCAAUCUUCCUUUAACUUACUUGGCAAAGAACAAAAUGACUUAUUGAAACUGGGAAAGGUUUCCCUCCUUUUGUUUUCUAAAGGAACUCUACUAGACUAUAACCCUUCGAUUAUAUUUCACCAAAAGAGGUGUGAUGAGAAGAGACAGAGGUUACCACCUUUUCCUCUAACCACAGACUUCCUUUUCACCGAUGGCUUAUGAAUCCCUCUCACCCUGAGACCCUGCUUGGCUCUCUGACUAGAGAAGGCCCUGGUUAGCUGGGGUUAGGGGUCUCUCAAACCUUUGAGGACUUUAAGCAGGAACUUUGCACGUACCUAAAGUGUCUUUCUGGUUUGUUAGUGAUUGCUCCUGCUAGGUAGGUCUCAAAUAAUACACAGCUCUCUAUUCAAGGUAGGAAGUGAUUAGCUUCUAUUUCUGGGUGUUUCUAGACUAUGUAAAUGAGCCCAUGAAAAGGAAGAGUUUAUGGAAGUAGAGGAAGAGGAAUGAGGAUAACUUGAAAAUGAAACUCCCCCUUUUGUCAAUGGACUGCGGUAUAGUCUGUACCCCCAAAUUUCCCAGAACACUGGAUCACCACAAAACAGGCUCAUCUGAGCUCCCUUCUUAUUGGCAUUCAAGGUCCUGUUUGUUGUCCAGGUACUCACUUACCCCAGGACUGUGCUUUUCCCCCUUUCCGAGCUGGGGGUUGAGAGAGCAGGCAGGUUAUCUUGUUCUAAUUGCUCUGCUUGUGUCUACAGCGGAGCUUGGAUGCUAUGUAUUUGUCUCUUCGCAGUGUUGGGAAAGGCGGUGAUACAGACUCAGAGUGUAUUUUUGUUUGUGACCAUCCAAGUGGAAGACAGAUACAUUAGUAUUAAAAGGCCAGAAAUAUUUAGUCCUCCUUGUUAAUUUUCUUUUGUUCUGUCUUUCUAUUUUAUUUCAUGAAGUAUUUAAUGACCACCCUAAAUUUCCUCUUCUCAAUCUUCACCUUCUCUAAAAUUCCUCCAAAAUCAGUGAACUGCAAGCAGGGAAACUAACAAAUGUCCAUCCACCUUUUUUAUGUGUGGUGUGUUUUUUUAUGUUGUUUUUUUUAACUAAGCUUGAACCAAAGUCAAUUUUUAGCAAGCUGCUGUACUAAUGGACUAGUUUAUGACGUGCAGUUCAGACACAUUGAGGAGAUAGAUGCUACUGACAAUUUCUUUUUUCAUUUGUCUUUAUUAAUUUUAUAUAAAAGUUGCUGCUUGUUUUAAUCUUUUAUGUUAGUACAUUGUAAUAUCCUCUGGGCAGACAUUAACUUGAUUUUUAACUAGUUUAUGUAGUUGGGUGUGUAAAUAGUAUGGCAAUGUCAGUUACUAACUUUUCUCCUCUCCAUCCCAUUUUUCUCUGAUGUAGUUAAAUGUAAUCUUUUAUCCUGACUUAACAUUUCUAACUUUAGCUUGUGCAAAUGAUUUUAGAGUUAUCAAUAAUACUGUAGCAUCCAUAGUAAUGAAUCCCUCCCUUGGGAGAGGUGAAAGUUUUAGGAGGAAGGAUUCAGGGAGGGAAAUGCUGAUACCCACCAUACUGGAUUAGAGGUUAUAGCAUUAAUUUCCCCAAAUUGCUACCAAAGGAAGUGUUGAGUCCCAAGGGACUCGGGCCCAGUGGAUUAAGAGGAAGGGCCAGGAAAGACUGUUUGCUUGCUUGCUUGCUUGCUUGCUUGCUAGCUAUGUGGUUCAGAAUAUGCCCCCUCUCCCAAAUCAGAUUCACCAACAGACUUUAAUAUUAAAAGAGAUACUAAGCUUUAAAUGUCAGUACAAUGGUCUUCUAUUCCCUGCCCUCUCUGUAUUCUCUAGUCAAUUUGGGAUAAGGGGAUUCUGCCUUUUUGUGUGUGUGGAUCACUUUAUGAAGAUAAACCUUAAACCAGCAUAAAAAUCUGUGUUUAAAAGAAGAAAUAGAUACUUAGAGGUAACUUUUAAAACUACUUCCCCCCCCCCUUAUUUAAAAACAAGUUGUGAAAUGAAAGGUACAUUUAUACAUGUACACAUGAAACACUAAAACAACUUGUUGUUGGGUGUUUAGCUUAAAAUUGCUCCCUGUCCCUGUCACCAUCCCCAGAUAGUCUACUGAUCAUAUUGCUUCAUCACUCCACCUAGUCAUUUUUACUGUAUAUCAUUUUUCUUAAUCAUCUCAAGAAAUGCUUUUUGAUUGAGUGAAUCUCCUAAGCUAAUAAGUAAGGUACUCAGACUUAACUUUUCACCACCUUAUGUGGGAGGGUCUAGAAAUUUAGGGGGGCCAUUUGACCAAAAAGAGACUUUUGUUAGUUUUUGCAUUUCUAGGAAGAAGGGCCUGAUGGUCAUUAUAAUCCAUUGUAUUCUUUUUCUUUUUUUCCCCUAAUGUUUAUGUAAGUUUUAUCCAUCCCUGAAUUUGGUUAACACAUAUUAAGCCAAAGACUAAUUCUAAAUACAUUUAUAGUGAUACUAUAUUUGCCCAUUGUGAUGGGCCCUCCCUAGGGAGUAGUGAAUGUAAUUGUUUGAAUCCUGCUUAUCAUAAGCAGUGCAGUUUGGUUAUGAACUUUAUUUAUACCCUGUAUACAUCUAAAGGACAGAGCAGAAAGACCUAGAAAAGGGCUUCUCUUAGGAACAUUAUUGUUCUUAAUUAAAGAAAUAAGUUGAGUGCUGUAUUUGUUUAAAUGUUUCUGAAGUUAUAUAGGCAGCUUUGUAGUAUUAAAAAAAAUUGUUCAUAUACAUUAGCUGAUAUAACGGACACUUUCUCUUAUUUAUUAGAUUAGAAGGUCAGUACCAUCCCCAUUCACUCAACUUAUGACUCAAGAAAUGGAACCAAAGGAAUCCAACUUUUGUUAUGUGUAGCACCAUAAUCUAUUUGUACUUCAUGGAAGCAUUAUUAGAAAUUAAUGAUUUUUUAAGGGAAAAUAGAAUUAAUUAAAAGAUUUUUAGUGAGGUUAUCUUGCCAAUUUGUUCUACAUAAUUCAUUGCUGGGGGAGAAGCACAAUUAUACCUCUUUUUGAUGUUAUUUUGUCCCAUUAGCCCUUAUUUGGGGGGGGUUGUGGGGGGAGAACGGGCAUCUUGUCUAUCUUACCCAGAAGCACAGAUAUUUGCUCAACACAAUAUUUAAAUUCAGCUCAAUCUUUAACAUUAAAUUUUCUAUUUAAAUUGCUGGGAAAGCUGGACACAUUUACAACUAUAGGAAAUUAAUGUAGAUUUUUUUAAAGUUAUAAAUCCUGAUAGUAGACAUUGCAAUUAGUGUAUAAUAAACACUUGACUUACAGAAGAAACCCUUUGUAGUUCAAAGUUGUUCCUAAACCAUUUCAUCCUCACAAAACUUGCUUACCAAGAAAACAGUAAAAUCACUGAGAUAGGAAGAAAAAAGAGAAGUGUCGACAGGGAGAAGCCAGGGGACCCUGGAUACCUGGGCUGGUGAGGAGGAGGCAAGAGUAUGUGAUCCCCACUUCAGACCUCAGACCAACUGUCUAUUUUGGCCUUGGACCCUUGAGGGCCCCCCAACCUCAGAUACCAGCCUGCAAUUUGAGAAUCCUCAGUUAAAGAAGAGCCUCAACAAUUUAUUCUGGGAAUUUGAUCAAUACUUCAAAAGACCACCAGUGCUCAUGAAGAAAAAGACUAGGCUUGAAAUUUUAAAAUUAUUCAAAUGGGCAAGAAUUGAUGGAUUAAUUUGAUCAUACCAUUAGGGGUUCAGUGUAUGUGUGUGUGUGAAAACCUUUAAAAAGUGACAUUGUUCAUAUAAGCAUGGCCCUAGCCAUUUUGAAGUUAUUUUCAGUUUUAAAACAUUUUGAGGACUCUUUAUAAAAUGGUAAAUCUAUUUUAGCAUCUACCUUCACUUUUGAGAAGGGGAAAAGUAUCCUUUGCUACUCCUUUAAGAAGAAUAACUAAGAGUAGCCGUUUGCAUAGAUGGCACACACAAUACAGACAUGAACAGGGUAGGAAUAGAAUAAAUGGCUUUUAUCAUUAAAGGCUGGUACUAAUCCUGUUCUGCCUCAUUCUUUUCUUAGUCCGGAGAGACUAAAUGGGACACCCCUCCAGUGUCCACAAGAUAUUUGAAGGAUUCCAUUGGGAGGGUGGGGAAUAUGUUUUUUCUGUGUUGGCUGGCCAGAUGUCCAUAUUGUUUGUGAACUGUUGCCUUCUUCUAACCAUCCUCAUUCAUGAAGCGCUUCCUUGUUUUGGCUCUUCUACUCUUGGCUUUUGCUAGAAGUAAACUUGAGGGAAUCUUAUGGUGAUUCUGAAAUCUGGAUCUCCUUUCCUCUCUUCUCUUUGAGUGAUGAUACCUUAAUCUGUGAGGAUAAUGCUAGAGGGUAAUGGCUAGCUUCUGGCACCUUCAUAAAAUACCUCAGCAUAGCUUAGCAUUGUUGCAGAACUGGUUUUACUAAAAACCAAAUAAAUAAAUAAAUAAAAAGAAAAACCUUUAUAAAUAGUGGAGAUAUUUCUAGCUGUAGCAUUUAGUUGAACUGAUGUUUAUUAUGAUUGAUAAACAUGAUUGAUGCUGUAUGUAUUUGGGAUCCUGUUUAUAGGUUACAAUUUAUAGGGUUAGGGAGGG